AUGUUGAGGAUGCGCUGCAUUCGUUUGCUGUUCGUUUGCCUCGCCGGCUGCUUCGUGGUUGUUAGAGCAGCAGAGGAGGCCCCGAGUGAAGAUCCAGGGUCUCCUGGGGAUCGUCUCCCUGGGGAUCGUUCUACUGGAGGCGAUCCCAAGACCCCACAAGAAGAGGUGGCGGCUAUACUUAGAGACGCGUACAGUAGAGGAAGAGAAGGAGGUAAUGCAGCACUUUGA